AUGCUGUGGCGCAUAGUGCUAUCGCUGCUGCUGGCCGUGGGCGCGUGGGCCAAGGAGCCCACGCUUCGGCUCCACGAUGAUAGCUUCAUUCCAGAUGCCGUCUUGCGGGUAACUGAGCAGACGGCGAGCAUUGGAUGCAUCCAAAGAGACUCGGUCGUCAUCAACGGGACCAUCCCAGGCCCGCCGCUGUCCUUUGCGUCGGGCAGUGUCGUGUGGAUCCGCGUGUACAACGACAUGCCGAACGAAAACCUCACCAUUCAUUGGCACGGCCUCACCAUGGCGGCGGCUCCGUUCGCCGACGGAUCGCCCGCGGCAAGCCAAUGGCCGAUUGCGCCGUUGAAGUUCUUCGACUACGAACUGAACCUGCGCGACAUGGGGCCGGGCACGUAUUUUUACCACUCUCACGUCGGCUUCCAGGCCAUGACGGCGGCGGGGUCUCUGAUCAUCACCGACCCGCCGGGCGAGACGCCGCCGUACGAGUACGACGACGAGCGCGUCGUCCUGCUCACCGAUCUCUACAACACCACGGACCACGACAUCGAGAGCGGGCUGUCGGCCAAGCCGUUCAAGUGGAGCGGCGAGGUCGGCGGCGUGCUCGUCAACGGCCACGGCAUCUCGCAGUACAGCCACGACGCCGACGCCGCCGACGGCUCGUGCAGCCUGGCGCGCAUCUCGGUCGAGCCGGGCAAGACGUACCGGCUGCGCUUCAUCGGCGGCACCGCCAUCUCCUUCGUCGCCCUGGGGCUCGAGGCGCACAACCUCACCGUCAUCGAGGCCGACGGCGACUACACCCAGCCGGUCGAGGUGCCCUUCAUCCAGAUCGGCGGCGGCCAGCGCUACUCGGCCCUGCUCGACACCUGGUCCUGCGCCGACCUGCCCGCCGGCCGCAGCCAGUUCUACCUCCAGCUCGAGACGCGCGACCGCCCCGCCAACCUGACCACCUACGCCGUCCUGGACUACGGCGACUCCUGUCGUGGUGGUGCCGGAUUCAGCAGCAGCAGUAGUAGCAGCAACAGCAGCAGCAACAACGACAGCAUCAACAUCGACAUCGACAUCGACAUCAACACCCCCAACCCCCCUCUCUCCCUCCAAACCCCACCCCAAACCCCCCCUCUCCACCUCCCCCCCACCAUCCAAGGCUGGCUCGACACCGCCCUCCACCCCCUGCACCCGGACCCGUCCUUCCCCCCCGCCACGUCCGUCACCCGCACCGUCACCAUCGACAUCCAGCAAAUCUCGCCCGACGGCGGCGGCCAGCGCGUCGAAUGGGCGCAAAACGGCAUCUCCUGGUACGAGCACACGCCGCGAUCCCCCUACCUCGUCUCGCUCUACGGCAACGCCACGGCCGCGCUGCCGGAUUACGAAGCCGCCGUCGCCAGCGGGACCGGGCGCGACGCGCGCGACGGGGUGGCGGCGUUUCCGGCGCGGCUGGGCGAGGUGCUGGAGAUCGUGGUGCAGAACACGGGGAGCUACUCCGGGGGCGUCGACGUGCAUCCGAUGCACAUGCACGGGGCGCACUACUUUUAUUUGGGGAGCGGGAGCGGGAGGUACGAUCGGGUGGCGAAUGAGGAGAGGUUGGGGACGGCGCCGGUGGUCAGGCGGGAUACGACCAUGUUGUAUCGGUAUGGGGAGGAUGAGGAGCCCGGGAGGGAGCACAGCUGGGUGGCGUGGCGGUUGAGGGUGGAGCAGGCGGGGGUAUGGAUGCUCCAUUGUCAUACGCUGCAGCAUAUGGUUAUGGGAAUGCAAACGGUGUGGGUGUUUGGAAACUCGUCGGACAUCCUCACGCUUCCGCUGCCCAUGGUCGAAGGCUAUCUGGCGUAUGGCGGCAACGUGUACGGCGACGACGACAACCCUCCCAGCGUCGUCCACUUUUUCGAUGCCGACGACGAUGACGACAGUGACGAGAAUACUGACGAAGAAGGCAAGUAG